UCGACUCUAAAAAUACCAAUAAAAGACUUUUCAAACACCAAAAGCAAAAACCUCCGAGCAGCAAAAAUCGAAAACCUCGCCGGCCGGCCACUGAAUUUUACUCCGGCGACGUCAGCAGUACACCGAGAAAACUCUCGAUUAGCAGUUAUAUAUAUAUAUAUAUUUAUAUAUAUAGCAGAUACAGAGAGAAGAAGAAUGGUGUAUAUCACUUCGUGGGAUGAUUUCGUUGAGAGAUCCGUACAGUUAUUUCGUUCCGAUCCCGAGAAAACUCGUUAUGUGAUGAAAUACAGACAUUCUGAUGGUAAAUUGAUUCUCAAGGUCACCGAUGAUAAAGAGUGUAUCAAGUUUAAAACUGACCAAGCCCAAGAUGCCAAGAAGAUGGAGAAACUCAACAACAUUUUUUUCACCUUGAUGGCUCGUGGUCCAGACGCGGAUAUAUCUGAAGUGGGUGGCAAAGAACAAAUGGAGGCACAAGCACCUAAGAAAGGAAGAGGAAGAAAACAAUAAUUAUUCUAUGAUGGGUUUGUUGCUGCAACUCUCUUACUGCUGUGAAAAUUUUUGAAACCAGCAAGGAAUAUUUCUCUCCAACUUUUUUUUUUGUAUUAUUAGUUGAAAACAUCUUUUACUUUUUGAAGAUGGUCCUUUUAAUUUGCAAGCUCUGGUAUCUUAGCUUAUUUAUCUUUGCAGAGCUAACCUUAGAGGAUAAAUUAACUAGAUGAGACAAAUGCUAUCCAAGUAGUCUUUUUGGGAUUGCAA